CUCUCUUUCUCUUCGCCGCCGGAGUUGCCUGUGAGGGAGCUCCCGCAGCCGCCAUCAUGAAGUAAGGACCGGUGCCCGGCUCUAAUCCGGUGCCAUCCAUCGCUUGGAGAGCCUGGAGAGGGUUGGGUGGCGUGGGAUGCUCGCCUCGCUAAUCUUUUUUCCCGUUUCGCGUUCUCUUUCUCGCAAUGCAGGGUCGAGUUGUGCAGCUUCAGCGGGUACAAGAUCUACCCAGGCCACGGCCGCCGCUAUGCGCGUACGGACGGCAAGGUAAAGAGGAAAUAAGGGGCAGAGGAAUUGGGAGUAGCAGCGGGCUUGGCUAAACCCUGUAAGUAGCCAAGUGGGAACUAAUGGUGUCCCAGAUGCUUUAUGGUAUAAUGUGAGAUUUCAUGAGGGAGAGGAGCCGCUGUUGACUCGAGGACUUGUAAACUGAUCUAAAACUGUUUUAACCCACGAGACUGAUAUUUUCGUGUUACGGGAGGAUUAUAAUGGUUUCUAAAUGGUGUAAGUCUCCUUUUUCUAUUCCUGAAGUGAAAUCGGAUAAUAAGUAAUAAUAAAUAGCAAGUCCAAAUAAUCUGAUUCAUUCUAUUUGCGUGAGAGCAUUUGGCGAUGUUGUGAAUAGAAUUGAGUCCAUUUGGCCAGUAUGUGUGUGACUUUUUACAUUUUAUGGUAGUAAAAAUGUUGGUGGUUUAGCAUUUGAAUAGGAUAAAUAGUACAUGACAGUAUUGUAUAAUAUAUUUCUGUUCGGUCAGUAGGGCUGAGAAGGUAAUUGCUCCUAUGGCAAUCCUACAGACUGCCCAGAUCACAGAUCAUCCACUGUGCUACAAGAGCUCUCUAGAGAGGAGCUUUAUAAACUCUGUCCUGACGCUUUACUUGGUCAGCUGCAGUGUGUAUGUGUGUCGCAUGAAUGCUCCCUGUACUCCUACUGGGGCUGGAAAGGGGUUAGUUUAACCUCCGAUUUGCUAUUAAAGCUGAAUUACUGUGUCGGGAAGUGAUGCAUGUCUAAAAAGCGUGUCACCGACAUGAAAAGUUUGGAAAGCUCUGCUCUAGAGCAUGUAAACACUUAAAAUGAACUCAAUGUUUCAGGUUUUUCAGUUUUUGAAUGCAAAAUGCGAGUCUGCAUUCCUUUCCAAGAGAAACCCCCGUCAGAUCAACUGGACUGUUUUGUACAGGCGGAAGCACAAGAAAGGACAGUCUGUAAGUAUGUUGUGCCUCAGAAAUGGACAAAUGAUUAUAUAUACAGUAGUACCUCAGGUUACAUACGCUUCAGGUUUCAGACUCCGCUAACCCAGAAAUAGUACUUCAGGUUAAGAACUUUGCUUCAGGAUGAGAACAGAAAUCGUGCUCCAGCGGCGCAGCAGCAGCGGGAGGCCCCAUUAGCUAAAGUGGUGCUUCAGGUUAAGUACGGACCUCCGGAAGGAAUUAAGUACUUAACCCGAGGUACCCCUGUACUUAAAUACGCUUAUGUAGCAGCAAAGUCGAAGUUAUCCAUUUGGCUUACUAUCCAUUUGGCUUAUUUGUGAUCUAGCAGCUUAGCAUGUAGCAUAAUCUGUUCAGAGAGCCAGUGUGAUGUAGUGGUUCAGAGCGGUGGACUCAUAAUCUGGUGAACAGGGUUCGCUUCCCUGCUCCUCCACAUGCAGCUGCUGGGUGACCUUGGGCUAGUCACACUUCUCUGAAGUCUCUCAGCCCCACUCACCUCACAGAGUGUUUGUUGUGGGGGAGGAAGGGAAAGGAGAAUGUUAGCCGCUUUGAGACUCCUUUGGAUAGUGAUAAAGCGGGAUAUCAAAUCCAAACUUUUCUUCUUCAGUUAGUCUAUGGUGUUUUGUGGUAGUGUCUGGCUUUUCACAUAAAAGAGCUCUUCUGUGAUCACUGAAAAGUGAAUAUUGUUUUGCGAUAGAUGGUGAUAAAAAUAAUAUAGUAUUAGGACAUUGUUUUAGAGGAAAGAGGCUGAUCUAUUAAUUGAAGUUUGUGACUAGGGUUGGAAACGGUUCUUUUUAAGUGUUUUGCCUCCUGUACCAAAUGUUUUCAAUAAUGAACUCUUGUGGCUAGUUCAUUGAAAAGGCAGAGAACCUGCUUGGUGGCACAAUCCUGUACAUAUAUAUUCUGAAGUGUGUUCAGCGUUAAAGUCAGAGAAAAAUAACCAACAUAACAUUGACUCGGUGUUAUUUAGAGAACAUGUGAGCUUUUAUGCAUUCUUUGUGACAGAUUUAUCUUGGAAUCACCCUUUGAUAUAUCCAUAUUUUGUCUGAAAUAAUUAGAUGAUAAAGCAGUGUCCAUUAAGCACUCCUCUGGGAACGUGAAAUAGACUUUAAAUCUAGAAAAAUUCAAUGUGAAUUUUUUUUUUGUAAUUUAUAUUAAAUGAUUUGCACCUUGCCUUUCAAGUUGGAUAACAAAUAUAGCAACAGAAUAGAAAUGAUGCCAUAUAAAAAUGAAUUGCAACAUCAAUGCCCUGAGUUCAAAUGAUUGAUUCCACAAGCUGUACUUUUUUUAGAGGUGGCUCUGGAUGCAUUUGAAGCUUAAACUGGGAGAGAAUAGAUCAAAAUAUGUCAACGACUAAUAGCAAAGAAAUUGUAGCAGUUACUUAGAAGUGUAGUGUAUGGACUUGCGUUAUCAGGUCCUUCAGAGGUUUAUGAAAAGUGUGUGUUUCCAAUAUUCUCUUCUCCUGAAUUGUGAAUAGACUUUUUAGUAGAGUAAGCCCUCAAUUUUGGGUGUAAUGGCGGGUGGGAUUGCCAAAAUUACUGGAUAAGACGCCCCUCUUUUUUGCCAAGUGUGUAAAGCUGAAUGUGCACAAGUUGCAGGCUCUUACUGUAGUUCUCUUUCUUCAUUGCUUAGGAAGAGGUACAAAAGAAACGUACCCGCCGUGCUGUCAAGUGCCAUAGGGCAAUUACAGGUGCCUCUUUGGCUGAAAUAAUGGCCAAGAGGAAUCAAAAGCCUGAAGUGCGCAAAGCCCAAAGGGAACAGGCCAUUAGGUGAGUAAUUAUAACAUUUUCUUGGUUUCUACUUUUACAAGAAUGCAAUUAUUCUAAAAUUUGUUUAUUUUACUUAAAAAUUAUGCUGUUAAUACAUAGAUACUUUGUGGGGAUGGGGUGGAAACAAAAGAUAAAAUAAACAAGCAAUGCAGUAAUCAAUUAUGGAAUAUUAAAACACAAAUUUGCUAACACAAUUAAAGGCAACUAAACCACUAGUGAAUUCAGCCAGAAAACUUAUUUUCUGCUUUCAUUGUGAUCAUUGAUUGAAUGUAAACAGGUGACACCUCAUAGACUCUCCAUUUUUCACAAUUGGGUUAAAUAUUGGUUAGCCUGCAUUUAAAAAAUGUGAUUGCCAGGAUCUUGUCCACUCCCCAACGAUGAGAACUUGUCUCCAAUACCAUGCUGAACUAUGGAGACAUUCCCAAUUCCUUGCCCCAACCUCAAGAGGAGGGCUGGGGUUCAUCCAUUCUACACCAGUUUCAAAACAUUUGGAGCCCUCACAAUGGACAAUGCAACACAGACUAUCUUUAGUUCUCCUCCCAAGUUUAGGGUCUGGGAUAAUCCCCAAAGCCGCGUAUACCAUUUUCAAGUGUCGGGUGUAAAAGUAGUGCAGUGAAGUAAUUAGCCUUGUUUUAAUUUUUGUGUAUUUAUUUUAUAAAAUGAAUAUACUUACUGAUGGUAAGAAAAAUAAUUCAAAGCAGUUAUUAUGCUUUGUGUAAAAUGGUACAAUAAGAAGUAAUGCAAUUUAUGACCUGGUCUUUGCAUUUAGGAGAAGGGGUAGGCAGAUUCAGAUUUCAAUGCUCCACUUUUUCUUUUCUAAAGGAACUGUAAAGAGAGCUAAACACAGCUGGGAAAGUUUCUAUCCUCAGUUUCCAAGGAAGUGCUCAAAAAAGGGGUUGCCUACCUAUAGUCAGGAAUAGUCUUGCCCAGAGGUUUUCAACCUUUUGAGUCCACGGCUCCCUUGCCCAACUACCUUCUUUCUGCAACACCCCUGUGGGGCUCAGGAGCCCAGUUAUGUCACCUCUUGCCUGCAUAGCUGGCAGCCUCUCAACCUUUUUCGAACACCCUCCCUUGUGGAGUGUUACCUCAGCCUCCUCUCCUUGAGAGUCCUCUGGGCAGCCGCUGCUGCCGCCCCGGUCUCUGAACACACACACCGCCCAAAGAGAGGUGCUUCCUCACACUGCCCCACAAGGGCCUGGGAAGAGGAUGCCCCCAGCUUUUGUGGCCCAAUGGAGACUGGCCAGAGGUGAAUGUGAGGCUAGCACCUUACCUUGGGUGGCAGCAGUGGGGGCUGCCAGACCUGCAUGGCGGAAAGGCUCCCCUUCAGCAUUGGGCACUCAGCUCCCAGGCAGGCCUUGCACACAGCAAGCACAAGAAAGGCUAGCAUGGAGCCUGCCCGGCCUCCCACUUGUCUGUCCAUUCCCAACAGCAAGGGCUGGCUAGGCUCCCUUGCAUGCCUGCCUGCUUGCUCCUAGCAACCAGCACCCCCUGGCCAGACCCGGAGGCAUCAUUCGCCUGGGGAGAUUGUAGCCAGGGCUGCUGCAGUUCAAGCCUUGGGGAGGCAGAGACAAGAGGACAUCAGAGGAGGAAGGGAAGGAAAGAGGGACAGAGGCCAGUGUUGCUCAUGGCAUGACUGACCAUCCUUCAAGGCACCCCAGGGUGCCACAGCAUAUUGGUUGAAAACCACUGGUCUUGCCAAUACUGUCACCUCAUUCUGCUGUAUUUGAAGACUAAGCUUAUUUCUUAAUCCAUUCUGGAAUGUGAAAGCAAUGAAUAAUAAUAAUAAAUAAAUAAUUUAUACCCCGCCCAUCUGGCUGUGUUUCUCCAGCCACUCUGGGUGGCUUCCAACUGAAUAUUUAAAAAAAUACAGCAUCAAACAUUAAAAACUUCCCUUAACAGGGCUGCCUUCAGUUGUCUUUUAAAAUUAAAAUAGUUGCUUAUUGCCUUAACAUCUGCUGGGAGGCGUUCCACAGGGCAGGUGCCACUACUGAGAAGGCCCUCUGCCUGGUUCCCUGUAACCUCACUUCUUGCAGCAAGGGAACCACCAGAAGGCCCUCGGUGUUGGACCUCAAUGUCCAGGCUGAAUGAUGGGGGUGGAGAUGCUCCUUCAGGUAUACAGGACCAAGGCAGUUUAGGGCUUUAAAGGUCAGCACCAACACUUUGAAUUGUGCAUUUAUUUUUAACACUAAGUCUGUUCCUGUAAAUAUCAUUUACAGAGCUGCCAAGGAAGCAAAGAAGGCUAAGCAGGCUACUAAGAAAACUGUACCCUCCACAACAAAGGUAAUGUUUACCCAAAGAAUGGCUAAAGAUGAGACGUUGUGUGUGCUUUCUGAGUUUCCUCCUAAUAGUUCUUUAAAACUCCAAAAGCAAGAUAUGGCCUUUAAAUUUAGCGUUUUUCUGUGUUGCAUAAUAAUCCCAUGAAAAUAUCUGUUCCAAUUACUUUGCUAAAUUUCUUGCACCAUCCCAUUUUUUAUUAUUUCCUGCCUUUCAGGAUUUUGUACAUUGGGGUUUCUUCAGUUAUCCUUUGAGAAGCCCUGUUAGUUAAGGCACAAAAGAUGACACAAGUAGACCUUCUAAGCCCAGAAUUCUAACCAUUACAUCAUGUUGGGACUCUGUUCCGUGUAAACAUGCAUAGGAGUAGACUAUUAAGAAACCAUUUGGCUGUCUUAUUUUUAACCUAAAUUUGUUUAUUAAGCAUCUUUGUAAUUGUCCUGUAUCAUGUCUAUCAGGGCACAAACAUAUUCGAAAAAUAGUAGUUCAUUAAUUGCUGUGAAGCAGGUAAGUGUCAUAUAGCCAUGAGUAUUGGUAGCACAUGGGUCUCAUUCCUAUCUCUAGCUAUGCAAAGUCAACACUUGAGUGAUCCUUUCCAUACAGGGAACAGCCACAGUAAGCUUGAAAAGAAUUAAAGUGAAAGUUGACUGUUGUCUGGUUGAUCCUCAGGCCUGCCAGUUUAUUCAAGGGGUAUAGCUCACAUUCUCCUAUGUUACUUCCAUUGGUUGGGAAUAAGAUAAUAGUGUGGGAUUGUCUUCCUUUAUUGUCCCUGUUAAAUAGCAGGCAUGAAUUUGUAUUUUCACUUUAAACCUGGUAUUUCCCUUUGUGUAUUCACAAUUAUUGACCUAAUUUACAGUGAUAAAUAACCAAGUAGCAUAUUCUCAUUCAUUCUUUUUUCUGUUCAUAGGCACCUACAAAGGCUGCUCCAAAGCAAAAAAUCAUGAAGCCGGUAAAAGUUUCUGCUCCUCGUGUUGGUGGAAAACGCUAACUUUUUUGACUGCUUUGGUUACAUGAAAUAAACAUUUAACAUGUAAACUGUCUGUUUCUUGGUCACUUC